AUGCCUUCCUACCAAAGAAAUGACUAUGAUUAUCCACCAACGUUCGUCGCUGUUGGUAUCGACUUUGGGACAACUUACUCGGGUGUUUGUUGGGCUCGAUCUACUAAUCCCGAGGAAGUUAACCUUAUCAAAGGUUGGCCAUGUGAAUGCCAUCGAAAUCGCACUGAAAUUCAAGUGCCAACUCUAUACGACAUUCCUUCCGGCAAAUGGGGCUAUGAGAUUACACCCGAUAUGAAGCCUCUCAAGUGGUUCAAACUUCUGCUGCUGAAUGAUGAAGAUAUCGCCAAGGAGGAGGUCCACACAGCAACUCAGCUGCAGGAAGCUAAAAUGAUACUAUCCAACUCAACAAACACUACAGCCGUGCAGAUUAUCGGCUCCUAUCUCAAAGAGGUCUGGAAUCACACCUAUAAAACUCUUGAGUCAAUACUAGACAUAAAGAAUCUUCCUCUCCGCGUUGCUAUCACCGUGCCAGCCAUCUGGCCUGCCUACGCUCAGAGCGCCAUGAGAGAGGCUGCUACGCUAGCUGGCAUAAUGGACUAUAGAGAUAUUGGAGUGACGUCUCUGACACUCGUGCAAGAGCCUGAAGCAGCGGCGUUAGCAUGCCUAUUGCAGCGAAAUGGAUCGCCGGAGAUACAGAGAAAUGAGUCCUUCGUCGUUUGCGAUGCUGGCGGCGGUACAGUGGAUGUUAUCAGCUACACUGUCACAUCUGAGCACCCCUUUAAGCUAGAUGAAUGUGUUCCAGGAGCAGGAAAGCUCUCUGGCGCCUUUCAUGUCGAUGAAGCGUUUCACUCUUACCUGCGCUUCAAAGCUAAGCUUCGAGUCAAUUCACUUAAAGACAAUGAAUACAACCAGUUCAUUUUCCGUGAGUGGGAGUUUGGCGCGAAGAGAAGCUUCAGCCUUACUCAUGGAAGACAACACUACUCCCUCCACCCGCCAAGCAGAGCCUAUGGCACUUUUGAUCGGCUUAGACACAAGGAUACCCUGAAAAUCACACAAGACGAAAUGGAGGGGUUCUUUCAAAGGUCCCUUACUGGUAUUCGCAAUCUUGUGGGGAGACAGUGCAGGGAGGUCGAAAAGGCGACAGGAAGACAACCCAAGAAAAUACUCCUCGUUGGGGGCUUGGGAAGCUCCGCGUACGUUUACGAUGUGUUGGCAGGCAUUUUCCCCGAUAUGGUCCUGAGGCCGGACGAUGGAUGGUCUGCUGUCGCUCGUGGCGCUGUUAUGAGACUGCUACAUGAAAACAUAUCAUCACAGAGCAUCAAGUCAGAAGCGCAGCAGAAAGCCCUCAACUUACUACCAGAUGUGACUUCUCGGCGAUCGAGAUUUCACUAUGGAGUCCUGGCACAAAUGAACAUUAGAGAUCUGAGGCUCGAUCCAGAGGAUAAGGUUUUCAUUGAUCCAGAAGGAACUAAGAUAACAGAGAGAAUGGAGUGGUACUUACGCAAGGGUGACAAAAUCGGGAAGAAAUCACGUAUACCCGUCUCUUACAGCAAAAUGCACCGCCCCAAAGACUUUCCAUCGAAGUGUUCUUUUAACAUUGUAUACAGCGCCGAAGAACCGGCACCAAAAAGGCCAAAAUCGGGUGUGCUGAGUCUGUGUCGUAUUGAGUGCGACUGGGAUAAGCCCAUAAGCGAGUGGAAAUCAGUAGGAGAUCCAUCAAAGGGCUGGAGAAAGCAUGAUGAUCUUGAGCUUACUAUGGGACUACAGGGCGAACCAAAGUGGGAGAUUCGUGUUGGCUCUAAAAAGCGUGAGCAUAUGUUUAACAUUGAGUAUGCAAAUUAA